AUGUCGUCCACAGGCAGUCGCACACCCCGUUCGUCCUCUCGCUCUCGAGCCAAGCGGUCAACAACCAAUCUCUCCGACCUUCGCCUCGCACCACUGACUACCACCCUUGCUCCUCUAGCCUCUGAAGCUAGGGCAGACGAGACCGGGACACCACGAAGCCCGUACGACCGAACGCAAGACGUCACAUACAGCCAACAACAUUCCUCUUACAUACAAGGAAAAUCCGCACCGAGUACACCGGGUAUUUUGAGCCGUAGCUCGAGUAGAAGGAAUUUAAGUGGUGGUUUGAGUAGAAGAGGAAGUCUCUACGACGAUGAAGUCCAGUACCAAUAUGGCGCUGUGCGACAGGACCAAGAAUACGGCAACAGCGAGCGUGUAGCUGUCGGCACCGCACACAUUCCCAAGGCUAAGAGUGAAGCCGCACUCCUCAUACACCAACGAGACCAACGCCUGACUGGCCGCGGCGUACCACUGAAGAGAAGACACCAAGGUCGUCCAGGCACAAGAACCGGUUCCACCACCCCACGCCCCCGCGACCUCGCUCGCCAAGCAGACGAUCAAGACUGGCUCGCACGAACCCGAGCAGCGACACACGAUAUAGUACAAGAAGCUAAAGGGCAGUCCUGGCUCGCUUCCAGAGAAUCCUCAACCACACUCCAUCAUCUGGAGUCCUCGGAUGAUGAUGACGUGGAUGAGGGGUACGAGGAGAUGGCUGCCAUGAGCGCUGCCGAUAUCCGAAGUACGCAUGGUACAAGAAGAGAUGGGCGACUGAGUCCCGAAGUGGUCAGAAGGCAGAGUGCGAAAAUUCCAAUAUGGGGCUCACGAUACGGUUCGCGUUCAGCUAGUCGCGGAACAAGCAGGAGAGGCAGCACGAAUAGUCUGCGCACUCCCCUCGGCAACUCCAACCCCAAUCCCAACCUUUCGCAGCUAGACGGCUAUUUCGCCGAUGAUCCUCUCACUCUACCAGCUCCUACAGCGGGAGGGACCAUGGAACCGGAUUUCAUCAAUGUACUCGACGGCGAUGAGGGAGACGAGGAAGGGCCGAGCGGAGCGGAGGAGGAAGUAGCGCGAUUGUCUGAUCAGAGGGGUUAUGGUAUCGGAGGGAUUGUGGAGCGAAUUAUGAGUUUCAAUUUGUUUAGUGUGCAGGAGAAGGGGGAGGAGAGCGGUAGUGAGGAGGAAGUUGCGAAGGAAGAGGAGAGGGGGAAGAUAAAGGGAGAGGAAGAGGGGAGGAAGGGUCAGGAGGCAGAGCAGACCGUGCGGGCACCAUCACUCCCGCCAGCGCCGGCUGCCGACGUGGGUGAUGCUGGUGGCGAAGGCGGGUGGCAGGAUGCUGCUUGGUUGCUCAGUGUCGCUUCGAGAGCUUUGUUCUAA